UAUCGUGCGGCAGUGUGCGAAGGUGCAGCCACACCACCGCGGCCCGGCACGGCCAUGGAGCGAGUGCUGAAACGCGUCGGGCUCUCGCGACGAUCACUCGCACCAUCCGCGGAUGAGGAGCCCAUCGCCCCGCCAAAGAAUCAACGCCGUCGGCGGCGUAGUAAAUCGCGACGACGUAGUAUCGCCGCGGCUGGUACUAGCACAACCACCAAUCGACCUGGUGCUGCUGGUAGUGGUGCCUCUGAAUCCACAGCUACCGGCACCUCCACCACAAUUACACUGGCAGCGAAGAAACCAGCGAAAACGCGUGGUUUGUUUUCGUUCGACUGGGACGCGGUACGCGAUUGCAGGUCAUGCAAAUCACGCGCGUUGCUAUCGAAAAGAUUCUGCAGUCGAAAGUGCGACAACGAGCUGUACAGAUCAAACAGCUUCAAGUUCGAGCGAUUCGUGCGAGGCGACGGCGACACCGACGGCGUAUCGACCCUUGGAAAAAAGAUCUCCCUGUGCGACGACUACAGCCUCCCUUUGGAUGACGUGAACAGACGCCGGCCGAAUAGCAUUGCCGCGCCGAGCGCUUCCGACUGGAACGUCUCCAGUCCUAAUGAGGACAAGGUCGAAGUUUUAGAGACUUAUUCGACACCGCGAGACUUCAAACAACGCCUCAGUCAGCACGAGGAAGAGGAGUGGGAGAGGGAAUACGCAGCUGCUGCCGCCGCCGCCGCUGCAGCCGCCUCCGUUGAUCAUCGGUCUGCAUCUGUGGACGAUGCCGAACAAAAAUGCUUCACGAGUCCAGACAGGGAAUACUCGCAGCCCUACACGACAGACGCAUCCUCUGCACCUUCUUCAGAUGAAGAGUUCUUUGGUCAUCGUGUUGCACUAAGUCAACGCAUAGAUCCACCUCAGAUUGAACUAAAUUCUCCGGAUAGUAUCACAGAACCAGGUUCUGUUGCUCAGGACCAGUUUGUAGAGAAACAAGUCGAAGUAAAACGUCAUCCGUCACCAUAUUAUUACUCAGAUCUUUUGAAGCCACGUGUUGUAGAACCUGAACAAAACACUACAACUUCACGUCUGCAAGCUCAGCAACAGCAACAACAAUUAUUACAUUCUGAGACUAUCUUUUCGACAAAAUCCGAAUGCCAUCCACGCAAUCGUUACGAGUUUGAACGCCAGCUUCUCUUCCAGACCACUGGUGGUCAACACCAUAAAAAGAACCAAAAGUCAUGGGCUGGUUAUCACAAAAAAUACCGUAAAACCUCCGAGAAUUCGAAACACUCGCAACGUGCGCAGCAGUUAGCUAUAGCGUUGCUCAACGAUGUGCACGAAGCGGUGGGUACCUCCACCAGCAGCGGUGCUGAUAGAUUAUCCUAUGACGUAGACGCCGAGAUGACCCGCCAGCGGCACGUCUACGAGACGGCGUUCGACAGCCGCGUCGCCAAAUCGGACGACGAUCUUGACGAGAUCGACAAGGUCACCAAUCAUUCCGUCUUGUCGCAUAUUGAUCCAGAACGUAGGCAGUCUACGUUCGGUGCUAGUCGGAGUACAAGUCGAUGUAGAAGCGCAUUCCAGACUGAUCAGUCUACAAUCAGUGAGAAACCAACUAGUAUUUCGGGGUUGUCUACCCAGUUGGAAAAGAUGCAUCUACCGGAAUGUUCCAGGAGUAUGUUGAGAGGGUAUACACCCUCACCUCCGUCCACCGCACCACUACCCACGAAGUUCCAUGGAAAGGAACUGAUUAUGAAUAGUAUCCGCAGUGCGCCCAAUUUACCCUCACAUUCGAAAGCACGCUUAAAACAUCUCCACUUACCGAUUAAACCCAAUGAGGUGAGACCCGAGAAGGACCAACGUGUUUUGGAGAUUAAGGAUCGGCCACGCAAGGAUCUCUUGCUGUUUAAACGAUCCAAAGACGGUAAAAAUACUAUUCUAGAGUUUAAGAGCAGGCGCAGGCGACACAAGUAUUCCAGUACUGAGAGUAUGACUACCAGUAGUUCAGGGAGCAUGGAAAGUAUCAAAAGUAGUACUUCCGAAGGUAAUAGAAGUACCACGAGUACAGACAGUCGAAAUUCUUCCUCGCUAAGCUCACAUGACUCCGAUUCUGGAGCUGCGAGUAAUUAUCUUGCCGCGCAGAGCUUUCAGAGUAACAAACUGCAUAUUCUAAGUCCCAUAUCGGAUAAAUCGUCACAGGAACCCGUCUCGGAGAUAUCCGAUAAUAAUCGCAACAAUAACUCGCAGAAAUGCUCACCGGAGGAGAUCAAUGAUACGAAAUCACGCCGACGCCUUCCACAGAAUAAGAAUUUGUUGAAUCUUGGAUUGGAGAUUCAAGGAUCCGAUAGUGGGAUAUCCAUACAGUCGAGAGGGGAAGGUGUAAAGUCACGGUUUGUUCUGGGAGAACUCUGUGGUUCUGGAGGACAGAAUAAUGACUUUGCUGAUUUGCCGUUUGACAUGCCGAAGUUACGAAGGAGGCGGUUGGAUGUCCAGGAAGCGGCUUGUACUUCCAGUAGUGCUACCUCUAUAGAUUUCGGGGAUUUACCGUUUGAUAUGCCUAAGUUACGAAGGAGGCUGCGGGUGCAACAAACGCCCAAAGAGUUGAGUGUGUCGCAGGCUUCCUCUAGUCAGAGUGUUGUAGAUCCGGAAAGUCAAGGAUUGAGCUUCAGGCCCAAAUUAUCACUUAAUUUGGAUGCUACCAGUGGUAAAGCUAAACCUAAACCAGGUUUAGGGUUGUCUUUGACUGGGAUUGGGUUUAAUUCUGUGAAAAGUCCGACGAGAGCGCAGGAUUUUGAUAUUAAUCUACCACUGGAGAGACAAGGAUGGUAUCACGGCGCCAUUACAAGAGUAGAAGCUGAAAAUAUUCUAAGAGUGUUACGAGAUGGAAGUUUUCUUGUUCGUAACAGUGAAUCAACCAAACAAGACUAUUCAUUGUCUUUAAAGAGUGCAAGAGGAUUUAUGCACAUGAGAAUCCAACGAGAAGAAACAAACGGCACGCGGACAUUUAUCCUCGGCCAGUUCAGCAAACCAUUCACGUCGAUCCCAGAAAUGAUCAAACACUUCUCUUUGAAUGGGUUACCAAUCCGUGGGGCAGAGCACAUGUGCUUGGUGCAGCCAGUCAUUGUGCAAUUGUUGUGAUAAACUUUUCGCCAAUUUGAUUCAAUCAAUCAAAAACGAGCUGAAGAAACGAAAUGGUCGGAUGAGUGCAAUAUAUUUGAAAGGAUCAUUGCGAUGUGCAAUAAUUACUUAUUCCAAUACAAUUUCUUGCUGAUUUGAUGAAUUAUGCAUAUGUAAUAAGGCUUCCAACUACGAGUAUUAUUUGUUAUUGUUAUUUUUUACUUAUACAUGCAUUUGUAAUCAAAGCAAAUUCGUUUAACAUCUAAACUCCACAUUUUGGAGGAACAAUUGCCAAAGAGAGAUGACUGUGAAUAUUUAUACCAUACCAUUUAAUAUUGUGAGGAACGUUGAGUAGGAAUUCUGUUCGAUUUAAUGAUCUACAUCAUGUGUAGAAGAGAAAAAAUGUGAACAAAAUGCAAGAAACAUGCAACAAAAAGAAAAACAACCAGAUUUAGACCUUAGAUCAAUGUCUUAGGUUUAGUUCGACUAAGAAACAACUAAAGAACGUGAAAUAUUAUAAUAUAUUUAUCGAUUUUAUUGAUUAAUCAGUAUAUUAUAAAAAUUAUAAACAUAAAAGCUCAAUAUUAUAACAGAAGGGAUGAGAUGCAAAACUAUUACUACAAAAUUAAAAUUUCUUAAUUGUAUAUAGGUACUAUACAAUAAAAACGACUAAUAUUAAA